UUGUCUCUCUCUACACCCGCCGCCAUGGCCUCUCUCGUCGCCGCCAUAUCUUUCGCCAAACCCACACACCCCUCCAACCCUUCCCUCCCCAACUACGCUCCUCUAAAACCCACCAAAAUCUUUCUGUCCUCCGCUUUCACCCACUCGCCGACCACCCUCUUCCUCCGCCCCUCCGCCGCCGCUCCCCCCUCCCUCCUCCGCCGCCGCUCCCUCACCGUCCGCGCCGCCCGCGGCAAGUUCGAGCGGAAGAAGCCCCACGUCAACAUCGGCACCAUCGGGCACGUCGACCACGGUAAGACCACCCUCGCCGCCGCCCUCACCAUGGCCCUCGCCUCCCUCGGCAACUCUGCCCCCAAAAAGUACGACGAGAUCGACGCCGCCCCAGAGGAGCGGGCCCGCGGCAUUACAAUCAACACCGCCACCGUCGAGUACGAGACCGAGAACCGGCACUACGCCCACGUGGACUGCCCCGGACACGCCGACUACGUAAAGAACAUGAUUACCGGCGCCGCCCAGAUGGACGGCGCGAUUCUGGUGGUCUCCGGCGCCGACGGCCCCAUGCCGCAGACCAAAGAACACAUUUUGUUAGCUAAACAGACCAGGUCUGACGAAGAGUUGCUCCAGUUGGUGGAAUUAGAGGUCCGAGAAUUGCUUUCCUCGUACGAAUUCCCCGGCGACGACGUCCCCAUUGUUUCCGGCUCCGCCUUGCUCGCCCUUGAAGCUCUAACUGCAAACCCCGGGAUUAAGAGGGGAGAAAAUGAGUGGGUGGACAAAAUCUACCAGUUGAUGGCCGAGGUGGAUAAUUACAUCCCUAUCCCUCAGAGGCAGACAGAGUUGCCCUUCCUGAUGGCAGUGGAGGACGUGUUUUCGAUCACCGGCCGUGGGACAGUGGCCACCGGGAGGGUAGAGAGAGGGACCGUUAGGAUUGGCGAGACGAUUGAUCUUGUGGGUUUGCGCGAGACCAGCAUAUGGUGUCAAUUCAAUUCGGAUUCCUAG